AUGGCCGAGACGGCUACCCGCGUGCUAGCUUCCUCUGCACCGUCCACGGUCAAGCUCAUUUCGCCCCAUGGAGAUGACGACUUUGGCUUGCUUCUACGAACCGGUAUGCAACAAGCCGGUAUGCGGACCGAUGGCCUUUUCGUGCCUCAAGAUCCAGGCCGAGCGAAGAGGACGGCGGUGUGCUCGUUGAUGUUGGAUGAUCAAGGCGAUUUGAUAUCAGGUGUCGCGGACAUGGAUAUCGGACAGACAGCAUUGUAUCCGCAGACAAGUGCGGAUACACAUGGACUACCAGGCCUGCUGACAGCUGAAUCGCCUGAAAUUGUCGUCUUUGACGGCAACAUUGGAGGUGCGCAAGCGGAUGAGCUCCUGGCUGCCUGCGAAACAUACAGCGCUCGCACUGCAGAGUUUCAAGGACGGCGAUUGCUUACGCUCUUCGAGCCAACCAGCAUCUCGAAGUCGGCGAUUGUAUUGGACCAUUUCAGCCUGGCCAAGCGCAACGGGCAACCUACGCAACCAAUCAGCUUCGCCACGCCCAACGUCGUCGAGCUGCAACAAAUGCACGCAGCAUCAACACAGCUGGGCCUGGUACCAUCGCCAACAAUCGAGUGUUCAUCAUGUAACUUGAGCGUCGAUCCCAGCAUUGUGGAACCCGCAGCGGUCCUGCAGGCAAAGGCGCUGGUAGAUGCGGGUAUAAUCUCCGUCAUCCUACUCAAGGUCGGUCGUCACGGAGUCAUCACGAUCGAUGCCGAGGGGGCACGACAUCACCCGGUUUCCGCAGGCAAAGUUCACAUGGUCAACACAACAGGCUGCGGCGACAGCUUUGCGGGCGCGUUUGCUGCCACACUCUCCCAUUUCAUCAAGGAUCAGUGGCCGCAAAGCAAAGCAGAAUGGUCCGAACAUAUCGACACGGCAGUAGAGGUGGGUCAGCGUGCAGCACGAAGCACAUUGGCAUCCACCAGAGCUGUCGGCGAGAACAUGCACCUCUUGCUAAAUAGCCACCUUUGA